AUGCUUGCUGCGGCAGCCAUCGAGGAGGAGGACGACGAAGCCUACUAUGACGACAAGCUCGUCUUUCUCAAGCAACACGACCGCUUCGCUGAAGAAGGUCAACUCCUCAUGUCGAACAGCACCUUCUUCAUUACGCCGAUCGGGAUCGUCGAGACGACAAAGACGCUCGUGCUGCCGUUCCUAGCUUUCGCCAAGAACCUUGCCGACCACCUCCAGAGCCUCAUCCACCCGUCGUCCCUCGCCUCGGAAGCUGUGGCGUACAUAACGUGGCGACUGGCAUCGGCGAUCGCUCACCUCCACGCCCGUGGCAUUGCGCACACAAAGCUGUGUUCCCAGCGCGUCCUCGUCACAUCGAAUUUGGACAUCAAGCUCUGUGGUCUCAGCAGCCAUACGACGAGCGCCACGGACGCGCUCUUGACAGCCGACGUGCAGGCACUGCUGGACGUGCUGCGGCAGCUGUUGACGCGUGCGACGGAGCUCCAAAGAGGCAGCUCCUUUGCCAUAUCAGCGCCUUCAGCGUGGCUUUUUCAUCUCGCGGCCAACGCUUCCGAGUACACGAGCAUCAGCGACGUAGUCCACGAGCUUGAGCGCCACAACGCGCAGCACGGCGUCGUUUAUGUCAACGACCACCACGGGGCGCGGCUGUCGGUCGCCAAAGUCGUCACGCCGAGCGAGGACGACGCGUCGCUACAAGCCGACGAGCACAUCGACGCGACGAGUGGCAAUGCAUCCAUGCCGCCGACGCCUGCGACGCUGUCCGAGCUCUGGGCGACGUACGCUAUUGCGGCUCUGGACUCGGGAUUGCUCUCGUGCACAGCAAAAGUCGAAGGUACGGAUGGCAACGUCUUGCUUCGGCGGGGUGUGUACAACGGGAAGGACGUCGUUAUCCACCGCAUGGACUACACGGCCGACGCCGAGUUUACGCAGCACGUUGCCCGCGUACUUUGGGCCCAGUCGGACCUCUAUACGCCUCGGGUGCUCGGCCACGCAUUUGUCAACAGCGACAAGAUCGCCGACGCUUUCUUUCAACAAGUCCAAGAGACAGUGCCGUGCCUCGUUGUCGACCACGACGGUCUUCUUCCGCUGCAUCGAGUGCUCGCCGAGCACUGGUUGUACGCGGGCUCCCUCAAAUGGCAGCAGCGAAUCCAGUGUGCCCGGUCGAUUGUCGCGGGCCUCGCGGACUUUGCCGCGCGUGGCAUCACGCAUGUGGACAUAACGUCGCACAGUGUCUGCAUCAAGUCGGACUUGCGGACGCCCCAGUUCACCAAUAUUGGUGCGCUGCAGAGCGGCGGCCACAACGCCUUUCGGUGGUUGCCACCCGAGCUGGCCAACGGCGGCGUCGGCCCCACCUCGGGGACGGUGUUUACGUUUGGCUCGCUUUUGUACGAGAUUGCGUCCAACCAAGUGCCGCACCAGGACGUCGACAAGAUUGUCGCUUUGGAACGGCUUCGCGACGUUGGUGGCGUAAGCGGUGACUGCCCGGUCCGUCUCGUCGACCUCAUUGGCGACUGCUUGCACGACGUGCCGGCCGAGCGUCCGACAUUCCAAGCCGUUCUACACCGUCUCGACCGUCUUCUCGGACCCAGCGCGUUGGAAGCCGCGUCGUCAGGUGUGUUGGCUCUUCGAGCAUUUUGGACAAAUUGCGUUUUUGUAGCCGCCGUCGACUUGGUCGAGCUGGACACGUCACUGCUUAAGGAGGUCGGGUGCACGAACUUGGCCAACGAAACAAGCUGGACCUUUGAAGGCACUUAUAUGUCGCAGCCGGUCCUCUUGAAGCGACCGAAAACCGGCAACGUUGCUCCCACGGUCGAUCCAUUCGCGCGCAUUUUCGCCGAAGUGUGCCUCCUUGCACGUGUCCAGUCACCGCACGUUAUCAACCUCGUGGGCGUUGCGUACUUUGCAUCGUCUCGACCGACCAUGGUGCUCGAGCACACGAGCCAUGACAGCAGUUUGGCCAAGCUCUUGGUCGACGACCAUUUCCGAGACAGCCUCAAAGACGCCGAUCUGCUCCACCUCUUGCUCGGUGCCGCACAAGGGCUCACCGACGUCCACGAGCGCGACUGGAUCCACUGCGACGUGCGGAUCGAAAAUUACUUUGUCGAUCGCAAUGGGCAGCUUCGACUCGGACAGUUUGGUGCAGCCCGUCACGAGUCGGACAUGAGCGCGCCCGAGACGGUGCCAACGGACAUGGUGCCGUACACUGCACCCGAAGUGUUCGAGUCGGCAGCAUUCUCGAAAAAGUCGGAUGUCUUUGCAUUUGGCGCGCUCAUUGCCCAGCUCUACGACACGGAGCGGCUGUACGCGAGCUCGACGCUGACAAGCUUUGCGAUCCGAGAACGCGUGCCCCAAGGUUUGGCGAAGAUCAACGUGCCCGAGGCAUGCCCACUUGAGCUCAAAGCCCUCGCCGAACGCUGCUUGUCGUUUGAUUCGUCCACACGCCCGACCAUGACCGACGUUGUCGCGAGCUUGCGCGAGCAAAUCGCCAACGGGACUGUCGCGCCGGCGCGUCAGUACCAGUCUCGCUUUGUCCCGAUGCUCGCCCCCCCCGCGGUGCCCACGAUCGAUGCCACGGCCCCGCUCGUUUGCAGCGAGGUGCCGCUUGGCCAAGGAGCAGUUGGUCUCGUGACAGCGUGCACGUACAAUGGCAUUGCCUGCGCAUGCAAGCACUUCCAGCCCGUCAAAGCAGAUGGUAGUUUACUCCCACAGCAUCAGCGAGUCCGGUUAGAACUCAAGUUUCACCGGGAAAUGGAGUUUCUCGCGAGCCUGGAUCCAAAGUACGUGCCGCGGUUCGUUGGUUCUGUGCCCGGCGAUCUGCCCGGCACGUUCAAAGCCUACCUCAUGGAGGUCGUACCUGGCAACGAUCUCUCCAAGGAACUCUGGCAGAUCAAGCAACAAGCGACGUUUCCGUGGCAAGAGCGCUGCAAGAUUGCGCUCAAGAUCAUCCAAGCGAUUGCGUACAUCCACGAGUGCGGUAUCGAGCACUUGGACCUCAAGUCGUCCAACAUCAUGCUCACGCCCGAGAACGAGAUCCGGCUCUUGGACAUGGGUGAGUCGGUGCGCACGGCCGAUGCUGCAGGCUACAACGAAGUCAUUGGCGUCGGGACAUACCAGUGGAUGGCACCCGAGAUCCUUGCCGGCCGCACGGUCCACGCCACGAAAGCCGACAUUUACUCGUUUGGCAUCAUCCUCUCGGAGAUUGCGAUGCUCGUCCAGCCCUACAGCAACAUGGGGUUUGCAAAUGAGUUUGUUUUAAAGAAGAACGUCGAGAGCGGCGUCGGUUAUAACGCGUUUAGCUAUAGCUAUAGCGGCGGCGCGUUGGAGAUGCUCUAA